AUGACCACACUCAAGAUAAAUCUUCUCUUUGGCGUUGUUGCUGUGGCGAUAAGUCUCAUCACAGCAUAUUACUCACAGAUCCGUCAUCAUCUUUUGGAGAGAGCAAGCAUCCUCAUCGUUAGUGCAUCCAUCUUUCCACCAACGGUCAAAGAUUUCACUCGCGACAUCAAAUACAUUGGCAGUCGUACUCCUGGAGUUGAGCACUUUCAGAAUGUUUUUUAUGCAGAAGAGCCAACCGGUCAACGACGAUUUGCACCUCCAGUCCCACUAAGCCCGCCCAAGAAAUCCAUCAUUGAUGCUAGCAAGUCUGGUGCUUGGUGUCCUCAAGGCAUGGGAGAUAUACUACCCUUCACCAGCCAAGUGAACAAUAUCAGUGAGAAUUGUCUGAGCCUGCGAAUUGCUCGACCUCCUGGAGUACACAGCAAUGCGAAGCUACCGGUUGCGGUCUGGUUACAUGGAGGGGGCCAUGCGCUGGGAUCAGCGUCCGAUAUUUUGUACACGCCAGACGGCUUGGUCAGAGCAGCUGCUGCGGCAGGGAAACCAUUGAUUUAUGUUGGUAUCAACUACCGCUUAGGAAUAUUUGGCUUCGCCACAAGCAAAGCAAUGAUUGAGACCAAGCAGACAAAUGCAGGUUUGCGCGAUCAGCGAGCUGCAUUGCAGUGGGUACGUGAUCACAUUGAAGUAUUCGGGGGUGACCCAGAUAGAGUGACUGCUAUCGGCCAGAGCGUGGGAGCCAGCGACAUCGGCCUGCAUCUGACAUCAUUCAAUGGCUCCCAGGACGUCCCUUUCCAGCAAGCAAUGAUGAUGUCCGGCGCACCCGGUGUCAAUUUCAACAGCGACCCGGCCUUCGUUGCGAACAACACUGUCGCCAUAGCUAGGCGAGUAGGAUGCGCCAAAGACGAUGACGGCCAUUCCAUUGAGACCCUAGAAUGCCUGCGGGCUGUCCCAGCUGACUUACUGACCAAUGUAACUGUCAAUGAGGCCCGAAAAGCCCGUCCCCCAUUUGGUGAAGGAUACUUCUACCCGACUAUCGACCAUGACUAUCUUAACGGCAGGCCGUCCCAGCUGAUGCGUGCCGGUAAGUUCGUCAAGAAUAUCCCCAUAGUAGCAUCGUGGGUGACCAAUGAUGGCGCUUGGUAUGCAUCUCCGCAGACAUCCACAGAUGAAGACGUCCUUGGUAGCUUUGGGCUCUGGCUACACGGCCUUUCUCAAUCAACGAAAGAAAAGCUCCUGCAAUUGUAUCCAGUGGAAGAUUUCAACCACAUGGUCCGCCAAGACUAUGAUGGUGAGACCUCACCGCACUAUUACCGUGCCGCGCAGAUGAGUCGAGAUAUCUGGUUCACCUGCCCAGUAUUGGACUUUUCAUGGCAGUAUGCCCAGACCGGAGGCUUAGACGCAUCGCGGAUCUGGUUGUAUGAGCACAAUGCGACAAGAUUUGCACCUGUCUUUGAAGCAAUGGGUGUGCCUAUGUGGAGAGUGGCACACCUCAGUGAUAUCCCAUAUGUGUUCAAUAACCUGCACCUAGAAGGGGGUGCAGAUAACUCGUUGCAACAACUGGCGCUGAGUGAGACGGUUAGUAAGGCGAUUAUCGGGUUUGUGCAUGACGGUAGGCCGGGAGGAGAGGGUUCUGGUUUGCAGGAAUGGUCAUCUGCAUAUCCGACUAUGCUUGAUGAGCAACGAUCAAGCGAGAGCGCUAGUAGGCUGUCGAUUCAGGUCAUCGGAGGUCCUCUGGGUUUGUCGGAGGUGGCGAUAGGUAGAAAGGAGGAGAUCGGUGUGAUGACGGUAGUACAGCAAGCAUUAGCGUGGGAAAAUUUGUUUGAUCGGUGUGACUUUAUCAACAGUCCUCAGAUGAGAGAUGAAGCUGGAGUUUGA